AUGUGUGAAUUCUGCUGGACACAGGCUAGCGUGAAGAAGGCUGUAUCUCUAUCACUACUGAGCGCAAGUAUUUCAAAGUCAGCAAUAUCUUCAUUAAGCGCUGUCUUCGCCCGCUCGAGUGGCAACUCCAUCCCCGUCGAGGGCAGGGUUAUCAUACCCCGUUUUGGUAAAGAGCGACUACAAAACGAGGCUAACAGCCUCCGAUUUAUUUCUGAAAAAACGAAUAUACCCGUUCCGAAGUUUAUCGGUCAUUUCGAGGAUGAUGGCGCCGUCUAUCUAAUCACCGAAUUCGUUGAGGGCAUCGCAAUGAGCGAGCUUCCAGAAAACCAGCGUAAGGAGGUGGAAGUGGAGGUGGAGGCCCAUUUGCAAACAUUAAAGCAGCUGAAGUCUUCUCAAUGGGGUGGGCCUUCAGGUCUUGUGAUACCGCCCUAUCGAAUAAUGCAGAAAACCUUCCGAAGUAGAUGGACAAUGAAAAACCGAGACUCAAAAGAUCUCGUAUUCUGUCACAACGAUUUGUCCACGCACAAUAUCAUAGUCGACGAGAAGACGCUCAAGAUUAAAGCUAUCUUGGACUGGGAAUACGCUGGAUUUUUUCCAGCAGAGUUCGAGGGCAUGUAUUUCCGACGGCCGGGCGCGUCUGUUGCAUUGGAUGGCGAAGAUGACGAUGUGGAAAAAUUGCUGGAAGUUAUGCGUAUAAAUGAAGCAUGA